AUGGGAGCUUUUCAGUAUCUUACUAUUAUGCGUCCUGAUCUAUCUUAUGCGGUAAACCGUCUCUGUCAGCACAUGCACUCCCCGUCUACUGAUCAUUGGGCCAUGGUCAAAUGGGUAUUACGGUACAUCAAGGGCACUUUGGAUUAUGGGUUACGUCUUUCACCGUCAUCGACUACCGCCAUACAUGCCUACUCAGAUUCCGAUUGGGUUGGUUGUCCGGUCGACAGGAAAAACACAAGUGGAUUUGCUGUCUUUCUGGGGUCUAAUAUGGUCUCCUGGCUCUCCCGGAAGCAGCGCACGGUUGCUCGUUCCUCUACUGAGGCUGAGUAUAAAGCCUUAGCUAAUGUUGCUGCUGAAGUCACGUGGAUUGUCUCUUUGCUGCGCGAUCUUGGACUGUAUUCUGGACAGCCUUCCAACUUGUGGUGUGAUAACUUAGGGGUUACAUAUCUGUGUGCAAAUCCAGUUUUUCAUGCCCGCACGAAACAUGUGGAGAUCGACUAUCAUUUUGUUCGGAACAAGGUUGCUUCGGCUGAUUUUGUGGUCAAUUUCAUUUCUACCAAAGAUCAGUUUGCAGAUGUUCUCACCAAGCCCCUUCCAGGACCGAGGUUUUCUGCUCUUCGGGACAAGCUCAAUUUCUGA